CUCUUGCACUUUAUGGCGUGAAUUUCAUGAUCAGUUCUGACAUGUGGUUCGUCGUUUCAUGUAAUAAUUAGCGUAAUCGAAGAGAUACUACACGAGGAUACAUACUUGUCCAAGACCUCGUGUUUAAAUCCUUUUUUCAACGUUUGCUUCUACACUUCGUUUUCAUCACCGCAUCUUCUCCAUAGCUCGAUCAAACUGGACGAUGGUGGCCGAAAAUGAAUCAAUUUCCGAUUUCGGAUACACUCUUACAACAGAAUGUGUUGCCAGUAAAUCGAUAAAUGUGAAAAAGUAUCAAUCAUCACGUACUGGAAUCACCCUGAUCACAGCAAAUGUCCCAGGGCCUCUUGUGCACGGAUUUUUUGUCGUCGCCACCGAAGCUGAAAACGAUGAUGGAUUACCUCACACAUUGGAGCAUUUGAUUUUUCUAGGCAGUGCUGAUUAUCCUUACAAAGGAACAUUGGAUAUUAUCGCUAACCGAUGUCUUGCUUCGGGAACAAAUGCUUGGACCGAUAUCGACCAUACUGCUUACACAGUUUCUACAGCUGGAGCUGAAGGUUUUCUCGCCUUGUUUCCUAUUUAUUUAGAUCAUUUGUUUUUUCCCACGUUAACGGAGGCUGGUUUCAUUACUGAAGUUUAUCAUGUAACCGAUGAAGGCAAAGAUGCCGGAGUUGUAUUUUGUGAAAUGCAACAUUACGAAUGUACUGCCGAAUUAUUAACUCAGUUAGAAUUAAUGAAAGGUUUAUACACUGAAAAAUGUGGCUAUAGAUAUGAAACCGGAGGAGCUGUAAAUAAUCUACGAAAAAGCACCUCUAUCGAUAAAAUUAGGAAAUUCCAUAAUAAAUUCUAUCGUGCUGAAAAUCUAACCAUAAUUGUAGCAGGUCUGAUUAAAGAAAUAGAUCUAAUUAAAGCUUUGUAUAAAUUUGAAGAAAAAUUACUACGUUCGGGUGAAAAUUUGAAAUGUCAAAAAGCUUGGCAAGAUCCUGUUCCCAUAUUACAAAAAAGUAACAUCAAAGCAGUUACUUAUCCUUCGGAUAAAGAAGAUCAUGGAGUUGUUAUAGUCGGAUGGCAAGGUCCGUCCGUUGUAAAUGAUUAUAACAAUAUGAUUGCAGUUACCAUGCUGUGCAAUUAUUUAGUAGAUACUGCUGCUAGUCCAUUGAGAAGAAGCUUUGUUGAAAUUGAAGAACCCUACUGUAGCGAUAUCUCGGUUACAGUAGUCGAAAACUCCAUUAGCGCGGUAUACUUGACUUUUAAGAACGUGGUAAUCGAGAAAAUACCCUACUUGAGCGAUGAAUUACUCAAAAUCCUGCGUUCAAUCGCCGAAGAUAAAGAUGAUUUUAAAAUCGACCCAAAUCGAAUGAAAACUGUCAUCGAUCGAUUCGUUUUAAAACAAUUGUUAGCUUUGGAGAAAGAACCUCAGAAUGAAAUAACACAAGCUCUAAUUAGCAACGUAUUGUAUGGAAAUUCGCAAACCGAUAUGUUUGACCGGUUGAAUCACGACGCGUUGGCGGAGAAGUUCAAAGCAAUGUCGGUUGAUUUCUGGCGUGAUUUAUUGAAGAAGUUUUUGAUAGAUCGUCCUCACGUUACUGUUUUGGGAUAUCCUUCUCAAAAAGAUCGAGGUCUGAGAUCACAUCUUGAAACCGAACGAAGAAAUAACCAGUUACAAACUUUAGGCAAAGAAGGUUUAGCUAAAAAAGGAGAAAUAUUGAAAAAGGCUUCGGAAGAAAACGAAAAAUUGCCACCGAAUGAUUUAAUAGCUUCGAUAGACGCGCCGGAUGCUAGUAAUUUACAUUUUGAAACGAUUGCGAGGUUCACUACAUCGACUCCAGAACAACAUCCGAGGUUUAAUAUCUCCUCAGCUCCGGUAUUCACUCAACUGGACGAUAUUAAAUCAAAUUUCGCUUACUUGUACGUGAUGAUGGAUAGUAGCAAAUUGUCGAAAGAUUUACGAAUCUAUUUGCCAUUAUUUUUGGAAUACAUCUUGGAAUGCCCGGUGUACAGAAACGAUCAACUAAUUUCUCACGAAACCGUUGCUCAAGAAUUGGAAUCCGAUGUGAUUAAAAUGAAAAGUUGUCUGGGUUUAUUAGGCGGCGAUAAACGAUUUUCUUGCUCUUCCUUGUCUUUAUUGGUUUCUGUAUCGAUGGUGGUUUUGCCCGAGAAAUUCGAACGUGGUAUAUGUUGGCUUCGUGAUAUCUUGUUCAAUUCUCGUUUCACUCGAGAUCGUUUGAAAAUCGUUGUACGUAAAUUGAUCUCCAGUAUUUCGCAAAUACGUCGUCAAGGCAACGUCAUUAUUAAAGAUUUAUUAAAAAUAAUGAUAUUUGAUUCCGAAACCAAUCACGAGAUAUGUUCGGUUCUGAACCAGUUGAAUUUCUUGUCAGAAUUAGCGGAGAAAUUGAACGAUGAUUUGAAAUUCGAGAGUAUUAUACAAGAUUUGGAUACACUUCGAAGUCGAUUAACCCAACCUGGAAAUGUUGUUUUGCAUAUUUCUGCAAACGUUUCUCGUUUAGCUGAUUUAUACUCGAACCCGGCUCGAGUAUUGUCGCAGAUCCUUACCAAGAAUGCUUUAACCGAAAGAAAAAGGAUAAAUAUCAGCCAAGACAAAGAAUACCUACGCAAACCACUCAACAGCAAGUACAAAAGCUGCGUUGUAGGAAUGGCGAACGUCGAUUCGGCGUAUCUGUAUCAUUGCUGCGAAUCCAUCAACGAUUUUUAUCACCCAGAUUUACCAGCUUUAUUAGUGUUUAUUCAGUUCAUUACGCAGUUAGAGGGUCCUUUGUGGCGUGACGUCAGAGGGUUCGGUUUGGCGUACCAUUACAGCGUAAGACUAUCACCCGAAGAUGGCGUAUUACUUUUAUUAUUCAGCCGUGCCACCGAUGUUGUCCAAGCUUUUCGCAGAACUCGUGAUAUAUUUCUUAAUUCUAUUAAUACGACGAACGAAUGGAACGUAUUACAUUUUGAAUCCGGCAAAAGUUCGUUGAUUUUUGAAAUCGCCGAACGUGAGAAAAAUGUUAUUAAUUUGGCUAACGAAUCGUUACUUUCGUAUUUUACCAAUACUUCGGCUGAUUAUAACAGAGAAUUGAUUCAGAAAGUGAAAAAUGUGAAAAUUUCUGAUAUGGAAGAAGUUGGAAAACGCUAUAUUGCUCCUUUAUUCGAUCAGGAGUCUUCUCUCACGGCCAUUCUUUGUGAUCAGACAAAUACUGAAGAAAUAAAAGAUGGAUUCUCGCAAUUGGGGAAAGAACUGGUACUUUUUUCGAGCUUAGAAGAAUCAUACAUGAAUUCUGCAUCUACAUCUUCCAACUGAAGGUCUAACGCCAUUUUACUUAUACCUAUCUAAUGAUUUUAAUUAUAUUUUUUAAUAUUUGUAGUAUCGAUUACAUUAUUUUUUAUUAAAAAAUUGCUUAAAUUUUUUCAUGUGCCUAGAAAAAGGCACCAAGGAUGGGUAACGAGUUAUUUUACUACUAUUCGGGUAUCGAAAAUACUAUUGUAUUCGUAAAGUGUUAAAUAUUACGUCGUCUUCGUGGUCCAAAUACUCGCAGGAGGUGAAAAUAGAAUAAACAAACGUUGACAUUAGCGUUGAUACGAGAUACGUAUAUUAUAUCAUAAUGUACAAAUGGGUAUAUUCGGAGACCACAUACAUACGAAUUGUUAUUUCAAUUAUUAGAACGUUACAUCGCGUUACGUCCUCAUUCGUACAAUGACGCAAAGGAAACUGUAAACUUGAUUAUUCAUUGACGAAUGGUUUUUGCAUGUAUUGAUAAUGAAUGAUAAUACAUAUUGCCAAUCAUUUCUGUAAA